AUGGACGACCGUGGCCUGUCGGUACCCGACGGAAUGGACACAGUGUUGGACUUGCGCCUGGUCAUGGUCGAGGACGACUACAGCUACUUGUUACAGAAUGCGUCCUACGAAGUGUAUCGACCCUUCCAGUCGGCCACGGUUACCGUACGGGACAAGCCCGACCAAGUAGUGUUGGCAUUGAACAGCCCCGGACGUGUUCGUCCCAAAGGCCAGUUUUCACUCUACAUGCCCCUGUGCAUUGGGACGUCGAACUUUCCUUUUCAAUUGGACUUUUCCGAUACCAACUCUUCUCAGACCUUGUUUGGGGCGGAGCGGGUGUAUCUGCGAUCUCAUUUUGGAGACAAUUCCUAUGCCCGCGAUUGGGCAUACUAUCGCAUGGCGGCUCGCUUCGGGCUGCCGCACUUGCGGGCCCGCAAAGUGCGCUUCUUCAUCAAUGAUCAAGUGCACGGCUUCUACACUCUUCUGGAAGCUCCCGACCAAGCCUACGUCUUUCAACGCAACUUUCCUCUGUACGACUUCACCAACUACGCGCUCUACAAGGUCAAAACAACGGCGCUGGGGUGUGGUCAGUACACGGACCAGGAGCUCGAAACGGCGCAAGCGAGGCUGGUGAGUUCCUCGGAAGCGACACCGCCGUAUGCCUUUGAACGAGGCGAGCACAAGUCGAAGGUUGUGCCGGCUGCUGCGCAGGGACCAACGGCCCUGACGGAGUGCUUUUUCUCCUUUUUUGGAUCAGUUGCUGCCAAUGAUGCGGACUCGGCCCUGGCGUACCUCCGCUACAACCAGAACUGUGCGGAUAUGCUCGUCGAGGAAGGGUUGGUGGACCGGGACUUGGGUUCCUCCAGCUGGGACUCUCCCAUGAAGAAGUUUAUUGAUGCCGGUGCCUUUGACUACCCCCAAGCCGUCGACGUCACCUCGGCGCCCGCCCUUGCGGAACCGCUGGAUCCGUACGAGUGGAUGGACACAGAUAGCACGUUGAAGAUGAUCGCCUUUUAUGCGGUCGCGCUCAUUAUGGAUUCUCCCAUGGGCAAUGGGAACAAUUUCUAUUGGUUGCAGACCGGAGAGGAAGCCAACGGAGGAAGUGGAGGAUGGAAAAUAUUCCCCUACGACUUCAACUCGCCAUCCACUAUUAUCUGUGGAGCCACCUGCGACACUAAGAUGGUGUAUUGGUCCAUCGUGCAGCCGACGUGUUCUCAUUUGACCAAAAACCCAGUGGUUGGGCCUUUGUUGUCAGAUGCGACUCUCCAAGAAACCUAUUUGAAGUAUGUGGAGGAGUUUUUAGAAACUGUCUAUGCCAAUGCCACGUUUGUACAAGAACUCCAAGAUCACAUCCAAGCCCAAGAUGUCGAUGUAAGAAACGAUAGCUGGAGCGCGGGUGGCAUCUUUUAUGACGCCGAGCAGUCCCCCGAGGCUUCCCAGUGGAACGAUUCCAUCCCCAACUUUCCUUUCCUUCCAACAAUGAAGGCCAGGGCGGCAAGUGUCCGAGAGCAGCUGGACGCCAUUGCCGAUGGGACCUUUCCGCGAGGCGCCCACGGCGUCGGCCUGGGUGGUGACUAUGAAAUGUGGGAGUCUUGUCCGGAUUGGCGUCUGACAGAGGCCCCUGGCAGUGAGUGUCCCCAGAGCUGCCGAUACGAAGGCUGUCAUACGCCAGGUUGGAUUGUGGAGAGCUCCUGCGACGUUGCGUCCAAAACCUGUGUCCGUGGCAACUUUGAUCCCCUGUGCAAUGGCGUCCCGGAUGGGGGCAGAUACGAAGGGAUGGAAGAAGGCCCAGGGAUUGUGUGUUUCAACGUGAACGGGUUUGACACAAAGAUGGAAUCAUGCCCACCAUUUGUAGAAGAAGAGGAGGACGAUGAAAUAGUGGAAGAAGGCAUGAGCCACGCGGGCGUUUUGAGACCUGCUUUAUACACCGCCGUUUUGGUGCUUGUUAUUCUUUCCCUUCUUUCAUAA